AUGUCGUCUACCAUGCUAGAAGACAGCCUUAUCGAGAAACGUGAAGCAGCAUUCCUUCAGUUAAAACCUUUAUGUGUCUCACUUCUGAAAUCAGUCACUAUCUCAAAAGAAAAAGUUCAGGAAAUUAUUCAAACCACCAACAAAUUGUAUUUAACUCUAAAAUCAAUCCCAGACGUUUCCGUAGUCCUUGAUUAUAAUUUGAUUCAAUAUAUUCUUGUUCCAUUGUUAAAACUUUAUUCCUCAUUACAAAAUAGUGAUAGAUUUCUUGAAGAAUUUUUGAAUUGUAUUCAAUUUCUGUUAUCCACUAGCUGGCAUAAUUAUAUGAUGCCAGAACAAUUCAAACAAUUAUUAGUUUUACUUGUAAGAAUAAUAGGUGGUGGAUCAUCAGUUUCACCUAAAACAAAAGAAAAUCAGAAUAUCCCUGAAUUCUCUAUUUCAGAGGAAACCAAACUUGCAGGAGUUAAAUGUAUUUUGGAAUUAUUACCAAAAAAAUCGGAAAAUUAUAACGAUAUAACAAAUUCCGAUAAUUUUCAAUUACCAAUUCGUAAUGAAUUGUUAUUAAUUGAAAUUCAGGAAAUACAUUUAAGAGCGGUGGUAGGUCGUUGUGUAUAUGUAUUAAUUGAAAUAAUUUCCACUGAACGUUAUCUUCAAUUGAGGUUAACGACGAUUGAAACAUUACAACAAUUAAUUAAAUGUAUUGAAAAUCCUGGAAUUGUGGCGGCUUUUUUACCUGGAAUUUUAAGUACAUUAAGUAAAGUUAUAAUCAGAGAUCAAAAAGAAAAUCACCUUUUGUCAGUGAAAAUAGUAGAAGCUUUAAUGAAUAUUAUUUAUUCUGUCAUGAAUGAUGAAAUAAAUAAAAAUUUAUUUUCUAAGACUAAUUCUUUAUUCGAUUUGAAGGAAGUUUGGAUAAAUUCAGAAAGUUCUCGUAAUCAUGAUCCAUCAUUUAAGACAAAUAAUACUUCAAGUAAUACUUCUCAAUCACAAUCACCCGGAUCUAUUCAUGUGGAAAGGACUAAAUCAUGGCUUAAAGCGACAAAAGCACAAAUUAAAAUUUUAAUUGGAAGUAUUUUUACUAUUCGUAAUCAUCCUUCGUGGCAGCUUCGGCUGGAAUUUGUAAAAUUUUCUUUUAAAUUACUUUUUUAUUGUACCAAUUCUCUAGAUACUUGUACAUCAAUAUUGAUUGAAACAUUAGUAUUCUAUUUGAAUGAUGAUAAUGAACAAGUAUCUAAUCUCUGUAGAGAACAUUUAGAAGUAAUACGUGAAAAUUCAAAUUUUGAUGAGAUUCUAAUACCAAUCUUAAAGGAAAAUUUAAAUACAUGGUUGACUUCUUUACCGAGGUACUUGGUCGGUCUUGAUGAAAACGCAAAAUAUAAUGCUUUAUCAUUAAUAGUUGGUUUUGUUUAUUUGUUGGGAUCAGAAGUACAAACUGUUUUAAAUAAUUUAUUGGAAAGGGUUUCCGAUGGAUUAUUAAAUUCUUUGGAAUUCUACAUUGAAAAUAUUCAUAUUAUAGAAGAUAGAUUGCUCAUUGGACAAUAUGAAAAUCUUACAGAAGAGAAUGAAAAUUUACAAUUACAAAAGUUUUCACGACCUCAAUUUAAACAUAUACGUGAACAACGUGUAAUAUCUACAAUAUUAACAAUGUUUCGAUUAUUGGGAUAUUUUGGAAAUAUUGAAUUUUUAAUUGAUCAUUUUCUCACCUACGUAAGAAAUCCAGAUUCUGAAAGAUUUCAUGCACAAUGUAUAUUUAUAAUAAAUGAAAUCUUGCUUGGAGCAUCUGGAAUAGACAUUAAUUCAGAUUUAAAUUUAGUUAAAAUGGUUCCAACUAAUACCAUACAAGAAGUUAAAAGAAUUUCAAAAUAUGUAUUAAAAGAAUAUAUAGAGAUUGAAUUAAUGCCGCGAACAUUAAAGAAGUCAAAAGAAAAAUCGUUAAUUAAAUCAAAUAAACAUCAAAUUGUUGAAUUUGUUGAUGAAUCAUUACAAAAUAUGAACAUUGAAUCUCAAAAUCGUUCCAUUUUAAGUAAUUGUUUAAUUCUUGAAGGAAUUGCAUAUAUAUCUCGUAUAAUGGCAAUGGAAUUUAGAACAGAACUUAAUGAAUCUCUUUAUCCAAUACUUGAAAAAGUGGGACAAAUUAAUAGUCGAAUACAUAAUACUGCUGAUAUCACAUUAUAUCAUAUUUCUGUUUGGUGUGGUUAUUCUUCCAAAAAAGCGUUAAUACUUGAAAAUAUUGAUUAUCUUAUCAAUGUUGCUUCCAGAAAAUUAAAUAAUAUACAUUUAAAUCCUCAAACUCCUCUAAUGCUCACAGCGAUGAUAAUGAUAGUUGGACCACCAGUACUUCCUUAUUUAGAUGACUCAAUAGAGGAAAUUUUUGAUGCUUUAGAUUAUCAUCAUAUGAAUUCUUAUUUAUUGAGUUCAUUAGCUUUGGUUUUAUAUUCAGUUGUUCGAAUUAUUUCAGAUUCUUGUGAAAGAGAACAAAUUAAUAUAAAUAAAGAUAAAUAUAUUGAGAACAAUAAUAACAAUGUAUCUUCAACCAAAAAUCUUAAUACAAGAUUAUCUGAAGAAAUUACGGAAUUUAUAGAGAAUUUUUCCUUAAAGAAAACCAGAACCAAUGUACAAGAAAAACGUGCAACAUUAGAGGAAAUAGAGCAGUAUUUUUUAGAACAUCAUAGAUCCAAAGAAAAAUCGGAGUCACAAGAGCCACAAGAUAAAAAACCAAAGCCAACACAAUUACAAUCAACUUGUCUUAAAAUCAUCGACAAAGUGCUUCCUUUUCUUAGUUCAUCAUCACCACGGAUACGUAUACUGAUUUUGGACAUGAUGCGACUUUCUUUACCUGUUUUACAGUCAAUUACACAUGAGCUUUAUCCAUUGAUUCAUAGAAUAUGGCCAUUUAUAGUUAACAGAUUAAAGGAUAAAGAACAGAUAGUUAUCCUCGGUGCAACACGACUCAUUCAAUCAAUUGCAAGUACAUGUGGUGAUUUUUUUGCCAGUCGAGUAGUUGAUAAUAUGUGGCCAACAUUUCAAGAAUUACUUUCACAACAAGUAAUUAGAGAUCAAGAAUUUUUAAAUUAUGAAUUUUCACAAUCGCAUUUAAUAAAGAAAUCCAUAUUAGAAACAAUGAAAGUAGUAAUUCAUCGCGUAUCAUUAUCGAAUCAAAUACUUUCAGAAAUUAUAAAUACAAUGUAUCCGUUUUUAAGUAAAGAAAUUCAUGAAGAUCAUCAAAAUUCCGCAAUAGAAUUAUUUAAAGAAUUAACAUAUCGAAACUCCAAUAAUGCAUGGCUGAUACUCCGAGGUUUAGAUGAAAAUUACAUCGUUUGGCCUAAACACUUGUGUAAAUAUCCCAAAGGAGAUAAAAAAGAUCAAUAUUCACGUAAUGUUCAAAUAUUACUUGAUGAGAUAGACAAGAUAACCUAA